AUGCGCGCUAAAGAUGCGCAGCGACUUGGUACCAUUCGACUGUUGAUGGCAGCGAUGAAACAAAAGGAAGUAGACGAAAGAAUGGUGCUAGAAGACAGCCAUAUCGUUGCCAUUGUGGACAAACUCAUUAAACAACGCAAAGACUCCAUUGAAGCCUUUACAAAAGCAAAUCGACAAGAUUUAGUCGACCAAGAAGCCUCUGAGCUUUUGGUUUUAGAACAAUAUCUCCCGCCUAGGCUUUCAUUAGACGAGGUGAAAGCAGAAGUAGCAACCCUGAUUGAACGGCUCGGUGCCCGCUCGGCAGCUGACAUGGGCAAGGUCAUGGCAGCAGCCAAAACCCAGCUCGCUGGCAAGACCGACAUGACCAUGGUUUCUCAAGUGGUGAAAGCGAUGUUAGGUUCUUGA